AUGACGCGCGCGCAACAGACCAUCUCCCUCGGCCUCCUCGUUUCUUCCCUCUACCUCGCCCUGUACCUCGAGUUGAUCCCUCUGCCGCCCCUGGUCCAGCAGCAGAUUGUCCCCGUGCUUCCCUUCUGGGCUCUCGUCUCGUUCGGCGCAAUCCUUCUCUUCCGUCUCGGCCUGGGCAUUUUGACCUUCAACGACGUUCCCGCAGCGCACAAGGAGCUGAUGGCGGAAAUCGACAUGGCGAAGGUCGACUUGAGGAAGCUCGGGGUCGACGUCGACUGA